GGCACUGCAGGGCUGAACGCUCCCUGAGACGCGCUCCCUGAAGGGCUUCGUCACCGAGGCACACGGAACAACUUUGGUAAACUUGCACGUAUGGUAGAUAGCAACCCGGCAUUUGUUUAAACAAACCGGGCAGUAGGACACACGGCCCUCAUCUGCUACCUCGGCUCAGGUAUGGACUCCGUGGUCAAGAAGACCCUGACUGCACCCAUCAAGCAGUUCACGGGCUGCAUUUCAGGGGGAAAAGAAAGCGAGGGCUGGACAAAAAGAGGGGGCAAGAUGAAAAAGGGGAGCAAAGGAAAAAGUGCCCCCUCCAGGACAAAACAGGCUGGCUUGGAUGCCAACCAGAUGCGCGCAUACCAGGCUGACCUGGAGAAGGAAAGGCAACUGCGGGAGGCAAGAAAUGCUCAGAAGAACGCAGAGCGUGCGGCAAUGAGGGCCCACUACCGCUCCAAGUACUGCCUGCCAAAGAACACGAAGGAUGCCAGCCAUCUGAAAACGGCCGGGGGAAAAGCGGCCCUCCCCCGCGAGCUGGCUGCAAUGGUGCGGCCCAAAGCGCAGGCCAAGGAUGAGGGCAACAACCUGUUCAGCGCCUUCCAAGGCCUCAGUCUCAAUCUGGGCAUGAUGUCAGGCAACGCGCAGACCGCAACGGCGACGCCCACCCCGUCCGCACCCGGCGGGGAGCAGUGCAGGCUCAUGUGAAGCUGACUGUAAUCGUACU